AUACCACACCAUGCUUGUGUCUUUGGUUCUGCUGUGUCAACUACACGGGAUGAUGUUUGCGUUUCCUUACUGCACAGGGACGUUAAAUAGCUUGAAGCAACCUGAGCAUAAAGACGUGUUCACAUCAGAAAAGGAGGCAAAUUUGUUCAUUGGACGCCGUCUUCUGUAUAACAGAUUUGAUUUUGAGGCAUUCACCCCAGAUAACCUGGAAAGAGAAUGCCUUGAAGAGCUGUGCAAUUAUGAAGAAGCCAGAGAAAUUUUUGAAGACCCUGAUAAAACGAUGGAUUUUUGGAAAGACUAUUCAACUAAAGGCCCUAAAAUAAAACUAGGUGAUGAGACACUACAAAAGAUAAAUGUUACAGGACUUCUCAUCAGUCUUGUUGCUGCUGGAGUACUGUUAGUUAUAACUGUACUGCUUACCUUCUACUGCUGCAAAAGUAGAUGCAAAUCAAGGCAACCACCAGGGUACUUGGAUUACAUAAGAAGUAGAAGACGGAAUUCAUCUAGCAUCUUCAGAAGGCAUGAAGAAUUUUCUUUAAAUCCACUUCCUCUUGGAAUGGAUGAUUCAUCACUACCAACUUAUGAGCAAGCAGUUACUUCAGAUGGACAACACCACAACAUGCCACCACCCCCUUAUCCAGGGCCCCCAAACUGGGCACGGGUGUUUAAGAAGUCUAUGUCACUUCCUGGUCCUUAGUCACCAGCCUCCUUUGGGGUGAGAGGGCAUUACUGGCACAUAACAUACUUUUCUAGAAAGUGUGCACUACCUUGCAUAUUGCAAGACAGUUUACAGAAAUCUUUAGCACAACUAGGAGCACAUGAAGGUCCCAGUUGGGAAGAGAGGUGAUCUGUUGCAAAGGCUGCGGGACUAUGCUUUGCACAAGGUUAUUGUGCCAAGAGGAGGGAAUGCAUAAAGAGGAGGGA